AUGUAUGGAAGCGGUUCGGUCUUUAGAUGUGAAGGUGUUUCAGGCAAAAUGGGGUUCGCUUCGUCUUCUCGUGAAGUGAAGUUGAAGAUGAUGAAAACCUCGAACACUAGGAAGACUACGAGGAAAUUGAAUCGUAUGGCAAAGAAGAAGAAGAUAUCAAGAACUGUAAUUGAUGGUCUCAAGGAUAUCAAGGCUAGAAAGUCGAAGGAGUCGCGAAAGCGUGCUGUCAAUGUAGAAGACGACUGGGUUGCAGAUCGUGAAGCUCAGUAUGACGAAGAAGCUGAGGAUAUCCUUCCCCUGGAUAUGCUGGAUGCGGAUAUCGACUGGGAAAACAGCGCGUUCGCUGGGGUAAAGCGAAGGCAUGACGAGAAGUUCAAAUCGGGAGGCGAUGACGAUAAUAUUGAUGAUGGUGAUAUUGAAAUGAGGAAACGAAAGUUCGAUGGGCAGAUAGAUGAUAACCUGGAAGAAAUGUUGCCUAUAAAAUUGAAGGAUGGAACUCUUCUACGACCAACUCGUGAGAAGAAGAAAUUAGACAAUUCAGAUGAGGAGCUGGAACAAGAAAAUGAAGAACAAGAAGUGAAGCCCGAAAUGGAGGACUACUCUGGUUUAAGUGCUACGGAGCUACUUGCCAAGCGAAAAGAGCUUCUCGCUGAAUUCAAACUAACUAUAUCUACCUAUGCCCACCAACUCCUUACAAAUCCUCAAGAGAAUAUAUACAAGCUGAGGGAUCUAUUCCACUUGUGUCAAGGAGAAAAAGUUCAUCCACUGGUACGUGAGAGCGUGCAGAAACUUGCGGUGGUCAGUAUGCUUCAAGUUCUAAUCGACAUCAUUCCUGGUUACUCUAUCCGCGAACUCACGGCUGAGGAAAGGAAACAAAAGGUGAAGAAGGAAACAAAACGACUGCAAACAUUCGAAGAAUCUCUACUACGCUAUUAUCUGAAAUUUCUUCAGUUUUGCGAGAAAACAACAGGAAAGCUUGAUACUAAGGGACGGAAGCUAGCGGAGGACUCUUUCUCCUACAAACUGGGAAUGUUGUGUUUGAAGUCAAUGAGCAGACUUGUCAUUUCUGCACCUCAUUUCAACUACGCCACUAAUAUAUUGUCGUCACUAGUUCGUCUCUCGUUAUGUAGUAUCCCGGCUGUAGUGUCUGAGGUGUGUGACACACUGCACAGAGUAUUUCGUGAGGAUCUACACUUAAGGAUGUCAUUGUUCGGUGCGCGAAGCAUCGCUUCACUGGUUACUAAACGAAAAGGUCACGUUCCACCUCAACUAAUCGGCACAUUCCUUUCACUAAACAUCAAGGUUUUGUUGUUUUGUUUAAAAUUCCUUAUCUUCGGAUACAAGAAGCAGCUUGAUAAAUUGGAAGCGGAUUUGAAAGAACUCGAUGCAGCGGAGACGCUAUCUACGAAACUAAAAACGUUUUUCAUUGCAGAAAUCAGGAAAAAGCACAUGGUUGUGGUCUCAAAGGCUCUUGAUUCAAUGAUCAACGAAAGGCGGAAACAGGCUCAUGGAAAACUCAUGCAACUGGUGGAAGAAGAUGACUCAGAAGGCGGUGCUGGAGGCAUUUUCCGCAGUGACAUUGACGAUCCAGACGUGUCUAAUGCGAUUGGUAGCACUGUGCGACCCGAGCUCAAAAUGUUGGCACGGCGACGACAUCGUUCACUGAACCAGAUUGCCCAGAACAUCCUCCAUUCGGUUCCAUCAACAGGCCCACUGAAGCUCAAUCCCCAGCUGACAUCUAUUAAACCGUGGGUGUUAAUGGAACGUGACAUUGAGGAAGCUGGAGGGUACUCACAAGUCGACAUGAAGUACCUUGAGGAUAUCCAAAAAUAUCUAAAGAAGCGUCAGCAAGAACUAACACCAAAGAACCUUCAAUUUCACAUAGAGAACUGGUUACAGAGUAGACCUUCUUGA